AUGGCACCAAGACAGUCGAAAACUGCUAAGAGAAGUAAGGUUCAGAAUAAAACCCGUUCAGUAGAGUCUGAAGUUGGUUCAGACUCAUUGGCGAGAAAUUUGUUGAUGUCUCAACCUAAGUUGACACCAAAAUCAAUUGUGAAGGCACCAUCAAAGGCGGCUGUGAAGAAACAACAGGCAAAAAUAAGGUUAUAUGGAGCACGUAGUGGUAAAGAAUAUAGAGAAGAUCAAUUAGAUAUUCCAACUUUAAAUAAAGCUAUCACACCUGGAGUGAAAGCUAAGAAAGGCAAGAAAGGUAAAAAGUUUGUGGAAGAUAAUGAUGCAUUGACAUUGAAUAGAUUAGUUAAGUCUAUCAAUGAUAAAUAUGACCAGGUCAAUGAAAGUAAAUUGGAGAAAUCCAGAAGACUAGAAGAGCUCAGAGAGUUAAAAAAACAAGAGCUUGAAAGAAAAGAACAACAGAAAGAAAAUAAAUUAGAAGGUAAGAAGAAUGAAGUAAAGAGUAAAGCAUCGCUUGCGAGAGCUAAUAGAAGAAAAAAUGCUAAAUCACAAAAGGACGAAGAGUCCAAACCUACCAGUAAUAGGGGUAAGAAGAGUGUUUCGUUCGCUUGA